UACCCCCGAAUAGAGAGACUCAGAGCUAGAUACCGGAGCUACAUCGAGAGAAAGAGACGCAAAAUCUCACAAUUAAAAAGAAAAUGAAAUCUCGGUAAAUGUUUGAAGAGUAAUGAACGCAUUCCGACGGCAUUCGAUGACGUCGAUCGAGCGCACAGCUCUUUUUAAUAAUACUAUAUAUUAACGGUCAUUCAGCCGUUAUAGCGCUGUUCAUAUAGCGACAGCUACAAUAUUGCAACAUAGCAACGGUUGCAAAUAAAGGCUUCUAGCGGACGCGUUUGAUGGACGACGCCUCCGAUGUUUUAAAUAUAAGUGUGAUUGAGUGGCCAAAUCCACUCUGUCCUCCAACAGAUGAGAGGCUAACAGUUUCUGCAACUUCAGUCGCCUGCAUUGGGGGACAAGAAUGCUGUGUAUGACAAAAAUCUGAAUCAUACCACGAAAAUAAUCGUACAGCCUGGGAUCGUAAUGAAAGUGUUGCGGAGGAAACAAUGUGUUCUCUUUAUAGCAUAUUUUCUGCUUUUAGUUCUCACCAUGCUGAACUUGGCUAACUACAGGUGGGCUAAAGAGCCUCAGUGUAGUCUUCAAAUGAGAAGCACUUUGUAUCAGGACAGAUCAGACAUCCGAUUUCUUUACAGGCCUUCUAUUGCUAAGAAGAGGCAGCUAGUCUACAUUUUGACAACAUGGAGGUCAGGGUCAUCAUUUUUCGGAGAGCUAUUUAAUCAACACCCUGACGUUUUCUUCCUGUACGAACCUAUGUGGCACAUCUGGCAGAAACUGUACCCGGGUGAUGCCGUGUCCCUACAAGGAGCAGCAAGGGACAUGCUUAACACGCUUUAUCGCUGUGAUUUUUCGGUUUUUCAGCUGUACAACAGUCCGGGGAGCAAAAAUUUUACCUCUCUUGGACUUUUUGGGGCCACUCUUAAUAAAGUCAUCUGUUCGUAUCCUCUUUGCUCUGCCUAUAGGAGGGAGGUGGUUGGGAUGGUUGAUGACAAAGUGUGUAAAAAAUGUCCUCCCCAAAGCCUCAGGCUCUUAGAGGAAGAAUGCCUUAAGUACAACACUAUAGUCAUUAAAGGCGUGCGUAUUUUGGAUGUCAAUAUUUUGGGCCCCCUGAUGGAGGAUCCAUCUCUGGAUCUGAAAGUGAUUCACCUCGUGCGGGAUCCUAGAGCCGUGGCUAACUCCAGGAUCAAAUCUAGGCAUGGACUGAUUCGUGAGAACUUACAGGUGGUCCGAAGCAGGGACCCCAAACUUCGCCGGAUACCGUUUGUGGAUCCGGGGCACAAAAUAAGCAAAAAGGAUGGGGCAGAUUAUCACUCAGUUGGGGCUAUGGAGGUGAUAUGUGAUCGGACAUACAGAACCUUGAGGACCGCUUUAAAUCUACCCAGCUGGCUGAAAGGAAAAUACAUGGCAGUGCGCUAUGAGGAUCUAGUGGAUAAGCCUGUCAAAGUACUCCGGAACGUUUAUCAAUUUGCCAAUCUCAGUGCUAACCUGGACAUUGAAUCAUUUGCUCUUAACAUGACCAAUGGCACAAGCUCUUCUUCAAAGCCAUUUACUGUGUCGGCCAGGAAUGCGACUCAGGCUGCCAGUGCAUGGAGAACAGUGUUGAGUAUACAGCAGAUAAAACAGGUAGAGGAGUACUGCUAUCACUCAAUGGCCAUUCUGGGUUAUGAGCGAAUAAGAACAGCUGGAGAGGCAAAGGACCUAAGGAAAUCUUUACUGACUGCCUCCAAACUGUGACACAGCUUUCCCGGCAGAGGAAGCUAACAAAUAUCCAACAAAAACUGCGCAGUAGCUCAGUAAUGGGUUUAAUCCCAGAUCAGGUGUUUAUGAAGAAUUGUAAAAACCCUUUCUGGAAUGUCAUAGUUUUUUUUGGGUUACUUUGUGGUCAUUUAACCUUAGUAAAUGGCCUUAUGAAUGUUGGAUUCAGCAGCUACCUUAUGAACCAUAAUUGGAAAAAUCUUUAUUUUUCAAACCAAAUUUAAAAUUAAACAAAUUUUGUUUUGAAUGACACAGGUCAGUUUUUGAAUUUCAGUUAAUUUGCUCUCUGUACAAAUUAGGAAUGAGAAGUUAUAGCAACAAAAAUACUGAUCAAAACUGUUAUGCUAAGUACAGGUGAUGCUACUUUAGUUCUAAAUCAAUCAAAUGACAAUCAUUAAACUUUACGCACUGCACAUACUUUAUGAAUGCCAGGGUUAUGUGAUAUGUAUGGCAUAUUUUUCAUUCUACUAAAUAAAAGGUCAUAUAAAUGAUUUGCAAAAUGUUAACGGUAUUAAUUAUUAUUGUUGCAUAGUUCCAGGCCGGUUUUGCCAAUAAAGCUUUUCAAGAGUUUCAUCAUCUAUAUUCAGGAACAAAAACUAAUAAUUACAUAAUACUACAUAAUUAGCAUAUCAAUGUAAAGUCACAAAGUGCAUUAGCCUACCAUAAAUGUAUCACUCCACAAUAUUUAGGUUACAUAUUGGUAUUAUAGCAUCAAUAAUAGGUUCUGCUGAGUGGUACUUAAAUGCACAUGUUUAACAGACAGUAUGUCCAAAGCCACUAAAUGUUGAGGCCUGCAAUAAAUACUUGCCGACAGUAGCCUCUAUACCUCCUGAUAAAUAGUAUUCAGACUUUAAGCGUACAGUAUGAAAUUACAAUUGUAUGAAUAAAAUGACAUUAGAUGCCAAGGAGGACAGCAUAUGCAUACCUUUCAAGAAAAACUAUGCACUGUGCAAUGCACUGUAAGUUACAUAUAAGUGUCUGCUAAAUGCAUCAAUGUAAUGUAAAUAUAUAGUGUUUUUCACUAUAGUGUUUUGCAUACUUUCUGGUUAUCCAUACACAUAUGAUUUAUGUAUGUGAUUCAAAUUUAAUGCAAAUAUGUCAAAGAUGAGAUUGAACUCAAUAUGAGCACAAUGGUUAAAGAUUUGGGAUGGCAAAAGAAACCACAGGGAACACGUAUGAGAUUUAGUUACAGAGAUAUCACUAUAAUGCAUAACACAAGGCUUCCCUUUAUUUGUCCCAUAGUGACUAUCAACACAAUUCUUGUUCUACAAGUUGCUUUUAAUGGAAACAUCUGAUACAGAAAACAUCAAGCAAAUAUUUAUACAAGACAACAGCAUAUUUUAUGGCAAGGAGUCAUAUAGCAUCAGUUAUUGUUAUGUGAACUUUGAAAAUGUGAUAUUUAAGAUCUGGCCACAUCUUAUUUAUUGGUUAAACUUCCAAACAACAUAUUUGCAUUUGAAAUUACAUGCAGCCAAGGUUGCCAUGCCAUGUGUUGGGAAAUAUAAAAAUUAAAAGUUUUUUGAUUCGAUGCUGUGUU